GAACCACACACAUUAGCAGAGCAGAGGCUGCAGAAGCGAGUUUUCGAAACCGACCAGUUUUUGCGUGCAAUUUUACCCAAAAAAUUACCUUUUAACCGAUAUAGUAAACAAAUACGAUUAUUCAAUAGUUAAAAAAUUGCAGCAACAAAAAAUAAUCACGACAAAAAAUCGGAACUUACUAAAGUUCAAGUGCAUUUUUUUUUGGAAAUCCGUAACGACGAAAAAUCAAAAAUAGUUGGAAAAGUUUCAAAAUCACAGUGAACCCGGUUCAAGGCUUAACCGCCUUUUUGGUGGUUUAGCGGACAAACGUGCUCGAACAACCUGAGCUCAUCAGAGAAUUACGCGCGCAAAGUUUGAAGUGCACAAGUUCAACAAUUAAAACAAACAAAAGUUCUCCCCAAAACCGAGAAAAGUUCUGUGAAAAUCAGUGUGAUCCCGAGAUAUACGAAUUCUUCAAUUUUCAAUCGUUUUCCACAAAGAGGCAAAAAGUAGUCGCAUAAGUGUUGCAGUUGCAGUAAAAUUUUAUCCAUAGAGGGUUACACGUCAUCCCCGAAAAAAUUUCAUCGAUUUCCACCGGAAGAAGUAAAAAGAAAAGAGUCCUAAAGGGGGGUUCUUUCUGUUGCACUUUUUCCAUCGCAACCUACUGAAAAACUAGAAGAGCCGAAAAUAGGAGCCGAAACACAAGUCCAAGAAGAACUCACUCAGUGGGGGUAAAAAAUAGGCUCGUGAAAACCCGGAAACGGUAAUGCCUGCCUGCCUACCAUAUCGUAUCGAGGUGGUGGUGCACUGGACGGCAUAAAUCCAGGCGCUGCUGUGAGCAGAACUGUGAGAGCGCUGCUCGUGAGUUUUGCACAAGUGCACCCCUUGCAAGGAGCCAGCCGUUUUCUGGUAAAUUACGGACGGAUUCGCCCGGUUUUUCCUAGGGGUGCUCUGCAGUCGGGUUUCGUGCAGCAAUCGAAGAACAACAUUAAAGUUCGAGGACCUUCGGUGUGCGCGCGAGGAAGUUUUGGUGCGUUUUUUUCCUCUAUGUGUUGUUCAGAGCAGUGAAAUCCGGAAUAAAAACAAAAGUGCAUUUCCGUCUUUCCAAUCCGCGAGAAAGGGGAAAAGUUUAGUGGUGCAUUACCCCCCACUAUCCCACGUACCCAUCUCGGCUCUUUCCGCCAAGAACCGGAUGCAGUUUAGCACUUCCUGUUCCCUCGCGUAACGGAAAAAAACUCACAGCGAUGUGAAGUUCAGUAAAAAUUAUACGAGUUUUCUUUGGUUCCGCAAAAAUCAGUUUCGGCGUGAAAAAGUGAAAAAAUUUUUGAAAGUUAGAAAAAAAGUUUCGAUAAGUAUAAAAUCAUUUCUUUCCAAUCGGAAAUCGUAUCCUUGAACUACGAACGCGUUCCAAGCAGUGCUUGAAAUCUUCGCAAAGCCGAUAUUUCUGUAAAGUGAAACAGCAGAACAGCUUAAAUUUAUCGUAUCCUGUUAAAGAAAGUGUACAUUUUGGAAGUGAAUCAGUUUGAAAUUAUUCGUUUGAGCUCUCGUCAAAGCCACAAAAAAGUCACAACCCACAAGAACCAGAGCGUGAAUUUAUGUUUCCACACUAUUAAUGUUGGAGAGAGUAAAAUAAGAAAAAAAUGCCCUAUCAAGUCAGUGUAUACAGAAAGUGCUCGCCGAUAAAGUUCUCGUCCGGAAUCGAAAGUCCAGUUGCAACUGGGGAUAUCGCAACUUUCUGCAACCAAACCAACAGCAAAACCAUCGAGAAGGAUGCUAAUAGUAGCAGCAGCAGCAACAACAACAUCAACUGCAACGAAUGCAGCAACAACAUCAACGCCUGCAACCUGCUGCAGUAAGAGAUCCUGAAAGGACUAACGUGGCUACAUCGUGGAUUCGCAUGUGAACCGCCCACGAAAUCACACACCUAACUAACUACGCCCGCUCGAUGUAGAAAGUCAAAAUUUAACCCCCAAACAAAAACCUUUCGGUCCCAAAAUUAACUGUUUCGGCGAAAUCGCUUUCGGCAGCAUAAAAAACAAAAAAAAAACGUAAACAAAACUUACGCAAAAUUGUCUUUUCGGAUGUCAAAAAAAUCUUUUGAGUAACUUUUGAGAAAAAGAGAAAAGUAAAAAAUAACAAAACAAAAGCACGGAAGGAAGCAAAUACGGAGUUUAUUCUGAAGUAUACAAUUGGUUAAUAGUUUAACACAAUCGGAAAAGAAGGAAAAAUUAAAAAUUCGGAAAAUUUAAAAAACGUUGUGAUUCUACAUAUUGGAAAAUAAAUCAACAAAUCAAAAACCCAAAACAAAAUCGUUGAAACGGCUCCGAUUGUUUCGAUUCUCGUAUACCAUAAAAAUAUACCGUACAUACAAUUACAAAAAAAAAAAUCAAACUUAUUCGAGCUUGGUGAUCUACGAAAUACGAAAAUAGUUCACUAUCUUGUGUGCAAGUCUAAGCCCGUUUUUGAGGACGUUCUGAAAUUCUUGAAAGAUCCAACACUAAAACUGCUCAAACGAUCCCACGAGUAACGAGUCCGGUCCAACUCUCCGAAAUUGAAGAACCCAAUUUCGGGGUCCCCGCACUAAUUCACCUCUCAGCCGAUAUCGGUAACAAAAUCCGAUCAAACUGAAGCCGGAAACGGAAAAGCACGGCAGGCAUCCAGCAGCAGUCAGCAGCACUCAGCAGCACCAUCAAACGGCAGCAAACAUGGAUCAGCAACAGUACUGCCUCAAAUGGAGCAACUACUCCUCGAAUCUGGCGGCAGCGUUCUCCAACCUGUUCGAUUCGGCCACCCUCACCGACGUCACGCUGGUCUGUGGAGGAACCGUCUUCAACGCCCACAAAGUGAUACUGGCAGCAUGCAGCAAAAACUUUGCCGACCUGUUCGAGCGGGCUCCGGUUGGCACCGGGCAAAUCUGCGUGAUGCUGGAGGCCACCUCGGCCGACAACAUGCACGCCCUGCUCGAGUUUAUGUACAAGGGCGAGGUGCACGUGUCACAGAAAGCGCUGGAAAGCUUCCUCAAGGCGGCCGAGAAUUUGCAGGUCAAAGGUCUCACGACAGAGCACGGUCGAUUUGCGAGCGCCAAUGCCACCCAGCCACAGCCAUCGUUCCACGAGACGCCCAACAAUCUACCAUCGCCGGCAGCUCGACGACAGCAGCGUAACUCCCUGUCCGCCUCCCUAGAGUCCAUCAACCGGGUCGUCAAGAAUGAACCGCUGCAGGGAAGUGGAGCAGCAGGUUCCGUAGGUGGCGGCGUAGGAGGUGGAGGAGGCGGCGGCGGUGGAGGUGGUGGUGCCAACUCCGGUUCCGGAUUUUCGUCGUACCUGCAGCCGUCCUACAUGCCCCAGCCAUACGAAUCGUCCCGCAAGCGCUCGAUCCGCAGUCCGUUCUACGAACACCAGGAAGCUACCCGGGGCAGUGUGCUGCGGGAUGGCAAGACCAGCAUCGGCAACGAUAGUCCCGUCAGCGGAAGCAAAAACUACCGGCCCUCCAGCAGCGGAUCUUCGGCGGCACCGACGGAAGCGGACACGCUGCAACCGGAUCGGGAUUCACCGCAACAGUCCAACCGCUACGAGAAUCACAGCCCCAGUACGACACAUCACGGCAACGGCAACGGACCAGUCUCAUCGAACUCGCUGGAACGAGACGAACGGAGCGAACGGAGUUUAUCGGAGGACAAACUGAAAUCGGACAGCAGAGAGGAAAAUGAGGCUGGAGCCGAAGACCUGCGAGUGAAAAUGGAAAUGCGACCGAUUCAAUCCCCACUGACCUCAUCUGCCCCUCCGACGCCCACGACUCCGGUCGGCUUCAUAAACGUUAAAGGUGGUCUGCCCGGUGGUUUGGACGGAAAUAUGCCCCCGGUGGAUAUGCUCAGUAUGCUCAGUGCCCAGCGAGAAAGUGUAACAACUGCGGACGGCUCUCUUCCCCCAGGCAAAAAGCUACAGUGCCCGCUGUGUGACCGUCAAUAUGGCUACGAAACGAACCUGCGAGCCCACAUCCGCCAACGACAUCAAGGAAUCCGCGUGCCAUGCCCAUACUGCAGUCGAACGUUCACCCGGAACAACACUGUCCGAAGACACAUAGCUCGAGAACACAAACAGCAGACGCAGUUCAUGCCAAAUCAGCUGCACAGUUAAGCUGUAGGGCGGGUGCAAAGAUCGAAUCUUGUAGUGGGAGCAGAGAUGGAAGAGAACUUGAAAACGAUUGCCAGCAAAAUAUCAGCAAACAACUGAGAGGAAGAUUACAAAGGAAGAACCGUGAAACUCGCGAGCAAUAAGUGUGAUAGAAGAGAAGAUUUAAACAAAGAGCUGAAAUCCGAAAUUUAGUUCGCAAACAAACUCUGGACAAAAUGAAUCACAACAAGAGAAACAAACAACAAACGAUAGGCUGGGAGAAGAGCGAUAGAUUUUGAGAUGUAUUUUGCGCUAAGCAUUCUGUCUUAAAGAGAAAACUAGUGAUAACGGCUGCCCGAGGUUUACCAGGUCAUUUUGGACUACCUCGGCGGCCAGUAAUACCGCAAUGUUACCGGUUGCAAACUGCAAAUGCAAUAUUUAAGUUUAUUUUUUUAUCAUAUGUACAGCUAAACCCUUCAAAAUGCCCUUGAUUAACCUUCGUUUUGAUUUCCUCAUAGAUCAUCAUAGUUCCUCUAUCAAUCGAUUGAAUUGAAUUUUUAUUUUUACCUCCAUUAUCUGAAAACUACGAGCUCGCAUUCGGACGAGCUUGUCGUAAACUUCUUAUCGUACGAUACAGAGAAUGAUAAACAUAAUCACCGCAAGUGUCAUUAUUUAAUAAUUUAAUAAGUAAAAAUCAUCGUUAAAGUUGAAACACAAUUACAAAUGAAAGAGUAAAAAAACUGAUACAAGUCACACGAAUACAAAGUCGUUAUUUGUAAAGUUUCAUUUUUUGAAAGCGUGUGAACUGCUAACAACCUGACCGAAACCAAUUGAACUCAACGUAAUCAAACCCCGAGAACCGAAAAUAAACAUUCAAUUCAAGCCAGAAAACAUAACCGGAAGUAAUAGUAAAUGAAAGAUAAGUAAUGAAUAUACAAAGUACCUGCUGAUAAUAAGAAAAUCAUAGAUUAAUGAGAAAUAUUUAAUUAAUAAAUAUAUGAGUAAAUAUUUAAAUAUAUCGUAACUUAAGGGCGUGGUUACAAAGAAAAGACAAUUUGCUAUUUCAACUUGCUCGCAAACAGAGAACAAAAACCGGAAAACCACGCAUAGCAAAUCAUAUUAAAAAACCUUACACACCACCAAUACAUAAACACAAAACAAACCAACAAAAACACCCGCGAUGCAUAUACCGAUGCAGUGCCAGGGUUGAGAGUUUUGAAGAUAAAAAAAAAAGACCGAAACUUACAGCCCAAGCUGCAGAAUAGAAUAAAACAUGGUGCCUAACUGAAAUAAUGAGAACUUCUACCACUACUCUACAAUUACCAAAACUACUACUACUUCUAUAACUACUACAACAACUACUACUACUAUUACUACAGCUUAAUUAGAAGGUACUAACACUGUUACGCAGAUAUAUUGAAAACAAAGCCCAACUGUACAACCUCCGGGAGAAUGCUGUCAGUUUGACAGCCUCCCGGAAGUUGUUGAACCGCAAAACAAACUACUAAUAGCAAAAAGAAAAACCUAUAGCAAAAUCAAUAACGUUAACGCCUGUCUGCUGUUUGUUAUUUGUUGAUACAACCUCUGGAAAAGAAACACAGCUAUAGAACCAAUUGAUCUCAUACAUAUUUAGUGGUUAGUCUGCCUGCAGCAGCAAUAACAAUCUGUUUUUUUUUUUGUUUUAUCCCAUAACAGUGUUUUUCUACUAACUUUUACUUACUUGAUAGAUGAAAUCCGUGAAUUCGGCACGGUAGCACCGAUUCGAUGCGUUGUUUAAGCGGUUUAUCAAAACGAUUGGUUUAAAUUGAAACCACGUGUUACCCUCUGAGAUCAUGAUUAUCCAGAGCUAAGCCAUUUGCUUACUGUAGAUCAACAAAGUACUAAAACGAAUGGUUGGAAAUUGGAGUAAAUUAGUUUUUUAUUUUUAUUUUAGAAUAUUGUAUCGAAUUUCGAUUCAAUUGGUUUUCAAAUUGAAAUAAGAAUGAAAUUCAUUCCAAGUGUUUUCUCACCAAAACAGGUUUGUACUAAAAAUUUAGUACAAAACACAGUUUCAGUCCGUGUAAAAUGGCGUGGCACUUGAAAGCGAUCAUUUUUCUAUGGUUUUUUUCUGCGUGAUUUCUUAUUUCCAACGAUUGCACAGUUAUAUGCAUGUUAAAUUUGAUACUGGGCUACAAAAGCAAUUUAUUAGUAAUUUUUUAAGUCAUAAUAACACGCUCUUUGCAUAUCAAAGGCGCUAAAGUUUUGAUUUAAAUUUAAGCUCUUUUUUGCAUUGCUCGUAAGUUCCAUUACGAUCACUCGGAAGAGUUUCAGUGAUAAACUAAUUAUUCGAUAUCAUGGAACACAAUCCGUUAAUUUUCCCCGAAGCUUCUUAUCGAAUGCAUUGAAUCAGUGCUACCCGAAAAAUUGUACUUUUUACUUUACUUCCCGGCUUCUUUCAUAUCGUUUCAAAAUCAAAGCAAAAAAACGAAAAUACAAACCUUUUGGCGAAAAUACAUCUCAAAAUUAUCCCGAACAGCAUUCGGAAAAUGGGAAAUCACCUGCCAAUGGGUGACCAUUUUUCUCGAGUGUUAAAAAAACAACAAAAGCAAACCAACCUGCAAAACUAGUUUCGAACCAACAUUUACAAAACAUUUGAAAAUAAUUCCAAAACAAUACAGCAAAAAUUGACUAAGAGUAAACCAUCUAUAGAUUGUUAAAAAAAGCAAUGCAAUUUUGUUUACACCGAGUUUUUGUUUGCCUAUCAAAGAAUGGAAAAAAGAGAAUUGAAUAAAUAGGAGUAAAAAAAAUCGGAACGGAAUCAAAUCAAAACUAAUGUGCUCAUAUUAACUUUAAGUAAGACGGAUCGGUAUUCACAAACUGAUUGGAAACUGAUAUAUUCGAAAGGUGUUCAGGAAAAAUUCGUUUCGCUUGAAGUAAAAAAAAAAGGUCGCCCUAAAGUAGGCUUCAUAGUCGGACAUUAGAGAUCCCCAUAGGGUCUAGCAGCCGGACUUGGCUUGGGGCGACCGCAGGGAAGAGUUGGAAUCGAUUGGGAAAAUCUGCACCCGACGGAAUUAGCAAAUCAUAUUGUUUUUGUUGAUGCUCGUGUUAACCAUGUUUAGGGAAUGAAGAUUUGUAAAUGGAACUGUGAAUUUUAGUUUAACGAAACUGCCGAUCAACUGUCUGAGGACGGGAUGCAAUAACAGAUACGGGUUUUGAAUUUCAUCUUAUACGAUUUUCACUUAGGUUUUAGGGUAUUAUUUAUUUGUUAAACUUAUUAGCUGUACGUUACAAACAAGUGCAAGUAUCUGCUAAUUCCUGAGCAAGAAAGAUUUUCCAUCGAUGAGCGUCACGAUUCCCAGAAAGCGAUUAAAAGCGAACCGAUACCGAGUAGACUGAAACGCAGAGUUUUAAAAUGAACAAAACUACCAAGUUAUAAUUUUUUUUUCUUCAUAGUUAAUGUCAGAAAUAGAAGAAAACAGUAACAAAACAAACAAAUGGAUGCAAAUGCAAAAAAAAGGUGAAAUGGAACAAUAAUAGUGAUAUUUAAAGUAAACUUAUUGUACCCUUAUUGAAAUAGACUCAAAGCGCUAACUUAAACAAAUGAAAAUGCUCUUUCAGAGUUCAAUAGUUGCAAAGCUGCAAACAGAAACACAAACAUAGAUAACUAGAAGGAAGAAAGGCAUUUAUGUUAAGUGAUUCCUCAAUAUUUGAGGAGCCCCGGUUUCCCCGAGAAUCAAUAGUCUGUUCUUAACUAAGAAGCAACUGCCAUCAGUAGUCAAAAAUACCUCAUUUUUACGUUUGAUUGUUUUUUUAUCUGUUUUUAAAUCGCAAUUAGAAUCAAGUCGAUGUUCAAGAAAAAAGCGAAUAGAAUCCAAUUUCUUCCUGCUAGUUAAAAUUAACAGACAACAGCAAAGUACUGGUAAAAAAAACCUUAAGUAAAAACUCAAACAGAAUGCAAACACAAAAAAUCAACAAAACCAAAUCACAUAAUCAAUCUUGUAGGAAGCAAAGAAAAGAUUGCGUACAUCGCUGAAAUCAACUACCUCCAUAAAAAUAAACAUAAAAUGACAACAUUUAUAAAGAUCGAACGAAAACACAAACUCAAAACUCACGGAAAGCACUUCUACUGCAAAGGAUCAGCUUUCAGAGGAAUAAUUUUCGUAAUCGAAAGAAACCCCGUCAAAAGCACAUUGUUUAUUCGUUUCUUUCAAAAAAAAAAAACUCUAAAACUAUGAAACUAUUAUUUUUUCUUCCUUAUUGGUUAGUUUCGUUUUGGUGCAAUCCAUUUCUCACCAAUUGGGAACAGAGGCAUAAUAAUUUAAAGUUUAACGUGUUUGCAGAGACCUACUUAUAGGAUUCCAUACAGCAAAAAGAGUAAAAAAAAAGUACAUACAGAAACCAUUUCAAAGCAGAUUUAGGAGAAACAAGUUUCGGAUUAAAAAACGGCAAAAUUAUAAGAAAGUUUGAGAAGUAAAAACAAAAUCUUAAAGCGAGAAAAUUUAACAACUUUUGGGCAACGGAAAAGAGCAAAAUUCAAGAAUUUCGGACGACAACACAAAGUAUGUAAAAAGAUGUGACGAGUAAAAAUUAUGAGAAAAGAAAACCAACAAUCGAAAAAGUUUGGAUCGUGGAAUCUUAAAAUAAGUGACAUCCGCUAAAGUUUGACAAAAUCCAUAAAGAAAAGCAAGAAAAGAGUUUGACAACCAAAAGGCAAUGGUAAAAAAAAAUUAAAAUCAACAUGAAAGGAAACAAUGUUUGGAUGAAUCAACAAAAUCGACGAGAGCGAGAGCAAAAAGAAAACAACAACUCUAGUGCGAGCACUUUAAAAGUUUAAUUAUUAAGGACAAGUCUAGGGCGUGGCGUGCAACAUCCGGAUAGAGGCUGCCACAAAAAAAAGCUAUUUUCGGGAAGAAAGGCUUAAAGACGUGAGUCAGCAGCGCGUAGAUUCUGUAAAUAGUUUUUACGAAAAAAAAAAACAGUUGAAAACAUGUGGUAACACAGAGAUGAGAUGGCAAAACAAAAUACCCAGAAACAUAUGAAAAGGUCGUUAACCUAAAUACCGAUAAAACGUAUGCGAAAAGCCGUAUUGAUAAAAAUUAACUCUAAAGAAAAAGCAAACGGCUAACGAAGGCAAGCUGCAAAUUAACAUUUGCUGUGAAGACAAAGCAAAAGAAGCUAUAAAAUAGCUUGAAAAAUUGAAAUUUAAUAAAAUUAAAUUUGGAAAUGCGUGAGGAAGAAGGAAAAAAACAACCAAGAAGAGUAGGAAUGGAAAGGAAACAUUAGUGGAGACAAAAUUAAGUAUAACCGUAAUCAUCCCUCCCCGUAAUCCUUUGAAGAAAAAAAAAUAUAAAAAAGCUCCCGAGAAUGAAGCUACAUAAGCUAUAAUGGUUAGAGAGUAAACAUUUUUCGAGAAUGAAAAUUUAAGUACCCAUACCCUUUAGAUUUAAAAAUUACUGGAAGAAAAUUAUAAAUAUAACCAUGAAGUGAAUAUAAAAAAAUACUACUAAAUCUUACUUAAAAUUUAACGGUAAAAACAAAUGUAAAAUGGUGACUAAAUGGAUAAGUAUGUAAAUAGAGUUUCGGCACCCGGAAUGGAAUAUAAGAAAAGUGUAAAAAGAGAGAAGGGGAAAAAAAUAGAAAUUCACUACAAACUGUUUAGGCUAAAUAAUGAACGUGAAAUUCGGAAAUAGUUGAAGGAGUUAAACUAAAAGCUAAACCACAACCGUUUGGAUCCAACCCAACGAAAAAGAGGAACUAGACUAUAGAGAGUUUGAGUUUAUUUUCUUGUUUUGUUUUUCGGCUUCUGUCCUGUUUCGGGCAGAGCCAAGAAGUGAAAAAAAAUCACUUGUAGAUCACACCCCUUUUGGCAAAACAUCGUUUCGGAAAAAAAACAAAAAAUUUGAUUACGACUAAAAAGUAACCGAAAAUAAAAACUUAGUUAGAAAUGUUUAGGCAAAACGUUUUCAAAAUUAAACCAAUUUUUAAGCAAAAUUCUAAAUUUUAACGAAAAUUUUCGUUGCUGUUUUUUGUUGGGCUAACUGAAAAUUAUUUAACGGAAUAUAGAAAGGAAGGAAGCGAAGAAUAGAAAUUUCGAGCCAGUCUGCGGGUCACCAGUUUACAUUGCUCUAAAAGGAAAGAUAAUCGUCAAAAUUUAUGCAACAAACUAUAUCAACUAUAAUUUCUUUCGGAACGCGUUUUUUGGCAUCUUUUUGGUCAUACAGAUAUAUUUAUAAAUCUUACAGUUUUUGGGUAGCACACACAAAGGAAAACUCCUCUUAGUAUCCCUAGUUUAAACUUUGGCAUGAAAAUGGAAAAUCCACUAAAGUGAGACAACACCAACACCUAAGAAAGGAGAGGAAGUAGAAGGAAAAGUUUUUUGUUUCCAAUGACGUUUUUUGAAUUGCAAUUUUUCAGCUGUAGAGUUGUAAGCGGCUUCAACACAUGUUUUCCUGAUUUCCUGGUCAAAGAUCAGACCAUGGUUGAGCCCUUAACUAGAAAUAGAAACAACCGUUUAAGCCUUUUUUUAAGGGGAACGAACAACCAAUUGUGGAGUUUCUAUAUUUUUUUUCUUUUAUUUCAAUUUUUUGUUUGCGGAAAUUUUAUUUCAUUUUUAAGUUUGUUUCCACCUAAACGUUGGACACUAGUGUUACAAAUUAUUAAACUUGUGUUUGUGAUCGCCAAGUGGAUAUCUAUUUGCAUAGAAGUGUAGUAUUUAGACAUAUGUAAAAGAAGAGAAAAACUCAACUAGUCACACGUGCAACACACUCAGGUACAAUAAAAGUGAAAAAAAACAACAGAAAGCGUAUAACAUUUAAGAGGGCAAACCGAAUCAACCAUAUUGCGAUGAGCAAACAAAAUAAUCUAAGCGAAAAACACAACAAACAUCAAUCUACACCUUAACAGAGGUUUUGUUUUUCCAACCAAUGAAGUCGACUUAGGAAAACUGAAAUCAUAUCAGCUUCGAAGUCGAGACUUCUGCGGGAAUUGAACUUUCGUUAAUCGUGUCCGAAGAAUUUAGUUGAAGUAUAAACUUGAGGAAGUUUGUUUUACGAGUAGAGAAGAUGCUAACCGUAGGGGAAAAAAUGGGAAAAAAUUUAAAAAAAAUUACAAAAAAAAUUGAUGAGAAAAAUAGCGAUAUAGUACUGUAAGCUCUAGGAUUAGAAAUUGAGGAUAUACUUAGCGACAAACGAAAUAAGAGAAUAAAAAAAACAAAAAACAAAUACGUAAAAGUCAGAUAAAAACUUCGUUCAAAGCGAAAGUGUGAAGAGAGAAGUAAAAAAUUCAAAAUUCACUUGAAAAAAAAAACUUUACCAGAAACCACAAAAAAAAAAACAAACACACUCUUGAUCGCAAAAUUCAAACAUCAAAAAUUCAAAAUGUUUGAGAACGGUACUCAAACACUCAACGACACACCACCCAAACCAAACUAAAAGGUAGAUUUUGAUGGUACAUUUUUUGAGGCAAAAAUCGUUUUUUGGAACAACACUCUAAAUACAAACACAUAAUUAUUUCGGAUUCUGUUUUUCGGAUGAAACGUAUUCUUAUCGAACACACAAACGCAAAUUUCAACGUUCAAAAUGGUUUUUUGGGAGAUGUUUCUUUUUUUUUUGGGUAAGCAUAGAUUUGAAAAAGUAAACCUUUGAAGUUAAAAUUGAUUGCAUAGAUGUAGGCGUUUUUUUAACCCCAAGUGUCAGAUUCUUUUAAACCGCACUGAAAAAAAUCCGACGUUUGAUAUCAAUUUUUACUGGAGUUGGUAUUUGUAUGGAAAAUUUUUUCAAAGCUAGUGCUGGAAAAGUGAACAAAUUUUGCGAUGCGAACCAUGCUUACCCAAAAAAUAAAUAAGCUUUACGGAAAAUCAUUAUCAUUUGAAGGUAAUCGAGUGUUCUAUGGGGUAAAAGUGCUGCAAACAUUUUGAGGCUUACGAAUACAUACUAUCGAAGAGCAUUAAGAAGCUAACAAAUCGAGGCUAACACUUGAAACCGCCAUAACGAGCAACAACAACAACAGAAGAGGCUUCCGGAAACUUGCGUGCCUGCUCGCUAUUUUGAGGCAUUUCUACAAUACUAUUACAUAGCACUUUCCCCAGACGAAACAAUCGAUGUACUUCUUGAACAACAACAACUAAACAAGUAACUCGUAAUAGUGAUGAAGCACACGAAACUGUAUGCAAUAAGCUAGUCUAAUUUCUUUCAAAAAACCCCACCCCCUUUACUCAAGCAAUAUCCUCGUAUCCCCGAUUUCCCACACAAAUAAGCUGAACCCCUCUGGAAGGUGAUCGAUUCCAAGUAUCAAUUUUUAAAUAUUGGUUAGUUAUUUAGCACGUCCUUCUUUUGGGGAUUCGAAAACAAACACAUCCUGGCGACUUCCAAUAGAAUGAACAAUAGACUACUAAAUACUGAUGAAGAAAUGCUGAGCUGUUAAGCAUCGCUAACGCAUCAAACUUUUAUCAUCAACAAACACUGGAAAGACUGCUGAUUACUGUUACCUCAUUUUUGUGUACGAAACCAAUAGAUUUUAUUUAAUUUUAGUUUUAAAACCAUCCGGAAUGGCACGAAACUAUGUGUGGUUCCAUAAGGAUGUGCUCUAGGCUAUGGUCGCCAGGAGAGCGAUUUGUUUCGAAUUUCUCUUCGAAGGGUCGAUGAGUGAAAACGACCGAAAGCGCUUGGAAUCGGUACAGCCUACUUGAAGGGGUCAGCACAACAACAGCCUUAUUGGAGUCUUACACUUACACAGAGAUAGUUUAAAGAUCACAUGAGAUCGAAUGAAUCAUAGAGAAACAAAACAGUUAGAAGCUAGCCGUUAAGCUCAGUAUUCCUUGUUUUUAAACAGAAAACUUUGUUUUUAUUAUUUUGUUUGAGAUAAUCAAUCGAGAUAGCAGAAAACGAUUUGCAAUAGUUACGAGAGAAACAUGAAAUAAACAGUUAAUCAAUGAUGAAAUAGUUUAAUGUGCUAUUCGGGAUGAAACGCCCUGAUAGAGCAGAACACAGCUAAGUAUAAUAGACAAAUUAUUUAUUGAGUAACUUAACUGCAUUUUUUUCUUCAAAGAAUGGAAAACAGAAUCUACAAAAGGUAAUAGAAACUGAUUAAUAUUUACAAUAUUUCUAGUAAUCAGAAGCGGAUAGCACCGAUAUACAAGAUUGUGAAAGUAAGACAUAAUAAUAAAGAGAAAAAAAACAGUUAGCAGUACCCUUUUACAGUACUGACAAUAGUUCAUUUUUGUACAAUAGUUAAGAAAGUUUCAAAUCAGCCUAUACACAGCUUCCACACACAUACACAUCAGCAUUGAUCAUAUUUGUUAACACUUUUUGCAGUAACUCGACUGGGUUUUACGUUACAGCUACAAAACGACAUAACAGAUGCAUUUUUAAAUAUGAAAACUCACUCAGAUAGAAGGGAUGAUUCCCACUCAAAACCGGAAGAAAGAAUUUUUUUUAUGAAAAUAAGAAUGAAACAGCUGAUUAAUUUUGCACCCACACACACAAUGAUGAAUCACCCCCUUUUAAUGCUAAGGCUUUCAACUAUCGAGUAUUUAUUCAAGAAGGAACUCGUUCCCAAGCGCGAUACAGUAAGUUUCAUAAUUUAGUUUAGCGACCCCCUCAAAACACCUCAGCGUGGCAGAUCUGACGAAGUCACCUUACAAUAAACCUCUUCAACGUACUUUUUCCGCAGCCAAAUUGAAGUUAAACUUCAAAACAUUAUUUAUAUUUUCAUACACAUAACAUUCGCAGAAAAUACCUCACCUUAAAAUUUGAACCAAACUUAAAAGUGAUUUCAAACAUUACAAAUCAACACGAAAGCCAAAAAAACAGUGUUGUUUAAAUCAAACCUUUACCUACUGUGGUUUAUUGUGUGCUUCAAAAACUUCAACAAAUCUGCUCAGAUAACUGUUACGCCGAAAGCAUGUUUUCAGAUCAAGCAAUUUAUUCGUUUCGUCUAGCUAUUAGUCUCGAGCCCACCGGUUAAUCGAUAGUUAAAAUAGGUCUAAACUAGCUAGGUCCGUCGUUAUUUUAAGGCCCAUCCUAACAUUAAAACAAACACACUAAAAUAGAAAACCUUGAAAGUUUCGGUUGAAUCGACAAUUUGUUGAUACCUCAAUUUUUUUUUCAAAUUUUGAAGUUUCUUUGAAAAGUGGAGACAUCUACAGAAACUGACCGAUGAAAUCGCUUAACUUUAGGUGAAAACACGAAAUUUCUCUCAAUUUGCACAGUCACUGGUUUAAGAUAUCGAUAAUUUAGGAAUUGAAAGGGGAUGUUAAUUGGAAAUUUUAAAUUUUCUAAAAACAAACGGCGCCAAGCGUCUUGUAACACCGGAAAAUUCAUAUUUUCUCUGAAUUGUGAAAAGCUUUCCCCCAACGUCAAUUGUGUAAAUGUCCUGUAUAAAUUCGAAGGUUCCGGUGAUUGGUCGAAAAUCCUCGGAACUUGUUUAGUAUAAUCAGAAGUAAAUUUAGACACAAAACAACAAAUAAAAUUAACGCAUUGCUACUUCCCGAGUAGUCGCUAAGGGUCACGAUCCGUACUAUUGCUGCGCGUUCGGGACCGAUUCAACUUGUUUUUUUUUUUUAAAUGAACUAAUCGCAAUCGCGGGUCCCCGAACGUGGCAGAACCUAGAAUUUAAAAACUUUUAAAGCCCACGCAAGCAAUGUGGAACCGCGUGUGCGUAUCUUAGCGAGUAAGUGUGUAAAAUUAACUAUACAUAUACCUUCAGGAGAAAAAAUUUAAACUAUUUUGGUUCAAAGCAAAACGAAACUUUAAGUUUUGUUCUUUCCACCAGCCCCGGUGGAAAAUAAAAUCUACCAACUACAGAAAGCGGAUAUUCUAACAAGUGUAUUUUUUAAGUUAAUCUUAUAGUUUUUUUCACCGACAAACGUAUAGGUUACCAUAUGUAAUGUUUUUAAGUUUAGAGUUCGAGCAAUCGAGUCGAUUUGUUUAUUUCUUGAUGUAAAUUUGUACAACUAUCUACUAAUUGGAACGGUCCCCCGUUCACACUUGAGCUGAAACUAAUCGAACGAAAAUGUCAAACAAUUGGGGGGAAAAAACUUUGUAAAAGAUCCGUUUCAAAACUAGAAACUGCUAAAUCUACCGACCGUUAAUGCCCGAGGAAUUUAAAAAUUAAAAUAUAACACCAGCACAUCAUUGUAAAAAAAAAUUAUCGGUAGACAGAGGGAACAUGAUUUUAUAACGUUAAGAAGAAAAAGAAAUAUAAAACCUGAAAUAAUCAAAUGUUUACUUUUGUUUGUUUUAUUUAUUUUUUUGUUAUCACUUCAGUUUCCCUUGGUUGAUUGUUUUAUUUAGUUCCUUGAAUGUUCCAUUCUCUUCCUUUAAAUGUUUUAAAUGUUCUUAUCUAUAUUCGGUAAGUGUUUUCAUUGUUAAUUAUUGUUUUACAUAAUUUCAGUCUCAUAAGUUUAAACCUGAAACCUAAUUUCACUGUUAUUUUUAAUUUCGAGAAAUCAGGAAGAAUUCACGUGUAUUGCUUACUUUUAGAACAAACUUCAAGUGUGGACGCCGUCCCUUGCACUACAGCGCCACUAUGACAACGGUGGUGAAUAGCAGUACUAAAGCAGUGUGCUAAAGCAGAAAGCAUGCGUCUGAUGACGUACACACAAAACUUUCGGGGCUCCACUUAGCAAAAUUUCGCUGUUACUUUCCGUUAGCAAAAAUAUUUUUUUACUGUUGAGUUAGCAAAAAGUUAAAUUUACUUGAUUUUAGUAAUACAAAAGGUCAUUUUACUUGAUUUUAGUAAAACAAAGGUUUUUCAGCCGCUUUGUUCACAGACACCAGCCGCCGCGCCAAUUUGGAGGAAAAUAAAAAGCUGUCGCGAUUAAGAGCGGUUCCGGUUGUUCGUUGGUGGUUCUUGUGGUGGCCAACUCCACGACUAAAUGGUAUCUGAAUCGACACCGGAUGCUUACAGGUAAGGUCCGAUCAUAAAAUGUUCAGAUUGUCCAAUUUUUAAAUUUAAAAUUUUUGUGUGUUUUUUUUACCAGGUUAAAACUGCAACACGAAACCCGCAACGGCAAUAAAGAAGGACCACAACUGGAAACAAGCUGCAUCCGGCAAACACCCCGGUGCUGUACCUUUGAUGAAGAUGGGAUUUCGCUAGCCAGUAGAUACGUUCCCUGAAUCGGAAUUUCCGUUUUACAAAAAGUGUGAUUUUUUUUUUAAAUGUUAAAAAUAAAUUAUAAGUGAAUGAAAUUUGUGUAUUCUACUCAAUAAUCAAACAUUCCCCUGAUUCUCCACAGAAAAAAUAACAAAACAUUAAAUUACGGAUCCGGGCAAAUCUUAUUCUCCGGUUUUUGCUAAAAAUUUGAGUAAAAACAGUGGCGGCUAACUUUUUUUCUCGUUUGCUAAAAUUUUAGUUAAAAAAUAUUGCUAAAUUGAUUGCUAAGUUUCUAGCUGGUCAAAUUUGAGCAAAAUUUUGCUAAAUUCCGGCCUCGAAAAUUUUGUGUGUAGCUUUGUUGGAAACGGUUUCAAUUUCGAAUAAUGAUUCGUGAUGCCAUAAGAGAUAAAUGAGAUUGAAGACAUUAUUUUAUUACACAAAUUACAAUGUUGGAUAGCAGUUCAAGAUACAGAUUACUGAAAAUCUGGUUUUACAUUUUCAACUACUAAUUCAUAAAUAUUUAAUCAACAUUAACCAUUUUAAAGAUGAUCCAGAUUUAACGCGAUGUCUCUUAACUCAAAAUGUCCCGCUUUUUUUCAACAAAGUUUUCCUGAUUUAUUAUGAUUAAGUUGCUUUAUUAAAACUUCAAAAUGAUAUUCUUAAAUUUUGCGAUGCAAGUCACAUAUAUGUAAGCAUUUCGAUGGAGAUUGUCAGAUUGCCGGUUUUAUCCAACCUUUCCCGGAUAUUUGAUACUUAAUUAAGGAAAAGUCCGGUCAGGCCUGGUUUCCUGGUGAAUUAUUUGUUAUUUGCAAAACCUAGCUAAAAAAGUUUUAAAUUGAGUGUUAAGAAUUUUUUAAUUUCGCAUCUUAAAACGAUUUUUUCGAUCAAGUUUUAGCUAAAUAAUCAUGAACGGUUUUUUAGAAGCCUAAAAUACGAUUCACUAUCUCCUGAUGUGGUUUGGUGGAGAAAACAAUAUCUAAAAUGAUUUUCUUGAUUUUAUAAUUAUUUAUUUUUAUAGUUUCCCACCUUAGGACAUAACUAAAUGAAAUUGAAUUCAAAUUCAAAUCGUAUUUGAAAUAUUCAUAAUAAUUCCAUAAUUUUGACCAAAUUUGCCCGGAUUUUGGUAUGUAAAUUUUGAAAUCGAAUGCCCGGAUAUUGCUUGGUUCUUAGAUAAAAUCGCCCGGAUUUUCCCGAUCCGGGAAAAAAUCUGACAACCUUAGCUUAGAAUAUGUGUCGUCUUUACUCAAAUUUUUGAGCAAUUUUUGUCAAUCUUCAUGAACGGUUUUCCUGAAGUCUGAAUGCGAUUUUAAAUCAUUCAUUAAUUGAUUUUUUGUAAGUAAUACCUGGAUUUUUACCAAAUUUGCCCGGAUAUUGAACUGAUUUCGGGUUGCAUUUUCUCAACUGAAUGCAUGGAUUCUGCGAGGUUUUGAGAUAAAAUGCCACGGAUUUUAAUACAGUUUUCAUUGCAUUCUUCAAGAAAUGUGUUUUAAUUAUCGAACUGAUGGCAGAUUUCAAUGCAUCAAACUUUAUGGGCCAAAGUAUUGCUUUUCAAGUUGAAUGUAAAACUGAAUGAAAUUUAAAAAUGUUUCGUUUGUUAUUAUAUUUUUCAAUUUUUUAUUUUUUGCCAAUCUCUAUAUUGAUUUGCGAUAGGCAACUUAAUUAAUGUAGUUUUUUCUAUUUUCCAAAUCAGUUUCGAAAGAAUUUUUUUAUUCAAAAUAAUGGUUUAGAAUAAGUAUGACAUAAAUAAAAACAUUGAUUCACCCUUUAUAUAGCAGCAUAGCCUUUGAAAAGGAUAAGGUCGAGAAGCUCCUCGAUGGAAACUGGCUUUUUUUUGCAUGCCAAAAUUUGAAGCUUUCCAGUUAACUAUAAAAUAUUAUCAAAAAGAUUUUACUUUUGGUGUGCUCGUGGAAGACUGCUAAAAUUAUGACCCACUAUAUUUUUCACUGUAGUGAAUUAAUUCAAUAAGUUCGAAUUUUUAUUAUAAUUUUGAGCUGUUCUAAAUUUUAAAACUAAACAUAUGUAAUAUGAUGGAAAUGAAAGCUUUACCAAGCAUUUGAAAAUUUGAUUUUUGAGAUUUUGAAAAUCAGAAAAUCGCUUGUAAUGCGGAUCAUUUCCACCAAUGAUUAACUUUUUUUUCAUUUCAAUCAAAGUUUUUAUUUUUAUCCAAUGAUUCAGUUGGCGGAAGAACAUUCCUGGGUGUUAAACCAUAGCCGUUGACUCGGAAAGCAGGUAUUCCACUAAUUGAGCUAUGCCUCAAUUGUAGAUUUAUAAAAUUAUAUAUACAGGUAUAGAAGCACUUUUAUACCCAGAGUAUCUACCAAAAACAUUCAAACAUAAAUACUUAUCACGACUAUUUCCAACACUUUUUAAAAUGUCCCGCUUUUUUUUCAAAACCUGUACGUCUCGGUGGUCGAGUGGUUAGCGUGUUAAAACGGUAAUUGCUGGUCCGCUGAUGAUGUGGGUUCGAUUCCCAUCUCGGUACUGGGUGUUAAAUGUUAAUCUUAAGUUGUCCAUGUCAUUUAUUCAGUCUGUGAAGCCUGAAUUGGCUAAGGCGGUGUAUGUCUUUUUAAAAACCAUCUGGCAAGCCUAAACUAGGGUGAUACGAUAUCAAAAGUUACUAACUUUUCGCUUUUUAUAUCAUAUCGAUUGGUGGAGCCACAUUUGCUUUUUUCGAAAAUGUAUCAUCGCAAUCAUAAAAUGAAGAAUCAAUAUUGAUAGGAAUCUGGACUUCUUCUUCUUCUUAAACUGUGUUACGUCGAAAUCUGUCUCUCUGAAUAGUAAUUUCUAUGAUAAUGUUUUAAUAAAUCAAUCAGUGGAUUCAAAGGAUUUAUUUAUGUUUUUAAAUCAGAAUCUCAUGAUUUUUAGAAACAAAAUAAUCAAACUUAAAACUAGAAAUCAUUAUUUCCAUUUGCAAACAAUCGUCAAAAAUCCUAUAGAAAUCGCAUCAAGCCUGAAAUAUUGUACAGAAUGUUAUCUUUGACCCAUCCGAUAUAACUUUUCAAAAAUUCAACGCAUGAUAUUUUUAUGUUUGAGAGCUUACUUUAAAAAUCUUAAAAAUGAGCUUUGCGUGAUUUCUAAGAUAUUUCUUUUCAAAUGCUAAUAAUCCAAUUUUCGUAAAAUUGCUGUAACGCAAACCUUAAAUAGAAAUGUCAAAUUUUACGAGAAAAUAGUUUGUUAAUAAAUAUAUCAUUCGAAGAAAAUAUGAGCAAAAAAGUUCAAGAGGUUGUAUAUCAGACACAACCACAAGGUUUACGUAGAAUUAUGGCAUCUUUUUUUCAAUUUCACAAAAACUUAAUACAUUUGUUUAAUUUUAACUUAUAUUUUUUUUUGUUAUAGCUAGUGUCAUUUCUAGUCAGCCCUAACCCCUUAACACUGCAACAUAUAAACCAAAUAAGCACCAGCUCCAGCGCCGACUCUCUAAGCAAGCCCAGCCCUAGUUGAACCUGCAUGUGUUUAAUUCAAAAAUUGCUGAGCAUCUAAUCGAAUUCGCUAAAAUUUUGAUUUUAUAUGCCGGAAAUAUCUUAGCGCACGCAAAAUCAAGGAAAAGUUCAAAGGAUAAUAACGAAAAAUGGUGGAGCACACGUGCAAGUGUGCGAGUAUCGACGAACAAAAGCUUGCUUUGAUCCAUUGGUUUUUCAUCCGGAUCAAUUUAAAGUACACUGCCGGCCAAAAGUUUAGGAUAAUCCCAUUUUAAAACAUGAAAACAUACACGGACAUAAACAUCCGACACUUUGAAUGUUCUGUUGAAAUUUUUGUUAUUUUAACGUAAUCUUUCCUUUUAUGGAAAUUUUAUGCCCUUUGAUAGAGAACAUUUCCUAAAAUUUAUUCACAUAAAAAUAUGAAAAUAUAACGAACUUUUUGGAGUUAAUGUAUUUGCAUGUACAUGUUAGCAUGUGUCGAAUACUUAUGUCCAUCUACUUCAUGAAUACUUCAAGUGAAGAUUGAUUAAAAAGUUUAAGGCAAAAUUUUUAGACUUGAUUCUUUGUCGGAUUCGAUUAUCCGUUCCGAAAAAAAUGGUAUCGACAUGUAUUUAGGACAAACUAAGCCUGUUUGUUCAACAGUUCAGACGGUCAACUGAAAAUUUAUGAAUUUUAUUCGAAAUAACUGUUUGAUCAUUUAAUUAACCUCCGUUCUGAAGAAAAUUGGAACUUGAUGAGACAACUUAAGAAACAUUUCUAAAGCUAUUUUGAGCUGAAAGACAGCUCCAGGCACUUUAGCGCCACCAAGACUACUGUGGCGGCUAGUUUAACUAAAGCAAUUUUCAAGUGCAUGUUUUGACGUCUGUUGACGCAACGAGUUGAUAUGUUUUUUAAAGUUAGAUUUUUUUUUUUGGAUUUAUGAAUUCAAGUCCACGAUAUGGAUUGAAAAUUCACGAGCUUUAUCAAUUAAAAUGAAAGCAUCAUUCGAGAUUUUAAAUUUCAACUUCAAAAUGAAUCCUUCAGAAGUUUAAAUUCACUGACGGAAGUUCGGAAUCUUCACCUUUUAUAUAUGUUUAUCAUAAAUAUGCAAUGAGAAUCGAAUUAAAAAAAAACAUUAACUUUGUUCGAUAAUUUUUGCAAAAUUUCUGAUCUUUAAGUCAAUCUCAAUUUCUCUAUGAAACCUAAAAAGGAGUGAAGUUUUUUUUAACGGCAUUUAAGAGUUCGAAGCAUGGAAAUCAUAAUUUUAAGUAGUUUUGUGCGUGUGGAAAAUUUUUGAGGUUACAUAACGGAUUUUUUUUAUAAGCCGAUUAGAUUUUUCAGCUCAGGUUUUUCAUUUCAGAUCUAAUUUUCAUAUUAAGAAUGGCUCAAAAUGCUUUUCGCAGUUUGCGGUGAUAAUUUCAAUACCAGUGAUCAUUGUGCGUGUUUCUUGAGAAAUCAAUCAGCUGUUUUUUUUCAAUCAUUUUCAUAAUCAAUCUAUUCACAGGUAUUUUUUGUUGAUUUUCACAUUUCAACAAACUCAAAUGUUAUCAACAACCGGAAAACGAUACAAACACAAGAAAAAACAACCAAAAUGUACAUAACGGGAGAUUCCCUAGAAUUAAAACAAAGAUCGGGCAUUUGCAAUUUGAAAUUCAACUUUCCAUUUUCCGAGGAAUAUCUGGAAUCCUGGAAAAAAAUACCGUCUAGGGUGUAGAGUUUCUUCACGUCAAAAUCGGUGUUGUAGCCAAGUAAAAAAAACAGCAAAUCUCCUGAAAUAUGCUAGCAAAGGGAACCAAAAACCAGAAAAAUGAUAAAAAAAAAUCCAUCACAGAUCAAACAUCAACACUCUGAAUAUCGCGCAUAAAAAAACACGAAACCAAACAGAAAAAAAUGUCAGCAAUACGAUCUAAAAUCCUAAAAUCAAGCUAUCUUUAAAAUUAAGCCAUUACUAAAGUAAGACUUUGGCAAUGUUCUUACCGAGAAGGGAAAAAUUUAAACAAAAAACAUUUUUAGAUGUAACUCACACAUAAAGUAUGACGAUGUUCUUCAAAUCCUCAUUGAGAGCAAGUGAAAAGCAGAAAAAUUCAAAACUGUGGAAGAAAAAACGCAAUUUUGGACUAGUAUUUUAAUUUAUAUUUAUAUCGGAAAUUUAGAUUUUAGCGUUUAGAGGGAAGUAGAAGAGAUGAAUCAUCCUAAGCUGGAAAAGUUUUUCUAAAAGUAGUUGCGUGAGAAUCUAAUCAUCAAUGACAAACAACCAUGGAAUCCGGAUAUAGAAGAUGGAUCGGAACGAGAUAAACACGGAAGAAAAGUUAUAAAAAAAUAAACAAAAAACAAAGAAGAGAUACGAUUGGAACCUGAUGGGAGGAAAAAAGUCAAAAUUCCUGUUUGGAAAAGCUAUAAAUAAAUUCACCAACACACACCCACUCUUUCUCACAAAUACAAACAUGGUAUACCAAUUUGAUGAAUUAUAAGUUUAGGCGAAGCUAAUAUUAGAAACUGUAUUGUAACGAACAUGUGUGUAUCUGAGUAAUCUUUAUGAGAAAAAAGCAGCAAAUUCCGUAAAAAAUCUAGCAAAAAGUGAACAAAAUUAUCCUCACAAAACAAAAUUAGAUGUUUCGAUGUAGUUUGACAAAAAAAGUGAACAAAACAUAUAACAGAUAGGGAAAAAACCCGUUCGUCAACAAAUAAGAACACAAAAGUAAAACAAAUCUUUUAAAUAAGCGUUAUUUCCAAAAAACUUAAGGUACCUUUGCCGAAUGUCUGAAGAAAAAAAAACAUUAACAGAUUUUAGGAAACCAACAGAAAUAAACAAAACAUUCAUCAGCUGUUACGUUGCUUCGGCAGACCAAAACAAACCGUUUUUUAAAUUCUUGAAAACAAAAGAGUGCACAUCAAAUGGCUGAAAAAAAAUUAACAACAUCAACCCAUCAACAUUUGUUUCAUCGAGUCUAGCAAGGGAUGUCUUUCAGUUUUGAGAAAACGUUCAAAAGGAAAAAAAAAAUUCAAAGCCAUAAUCGAAGGAAAAAGUACAAAAUUUUCUUGACAAACAAACAAAAAACAACACUAAGCGAAGGAAAACGUAACAAAAAAAAAAACUUAACAAAGUUAGAACAAAAGUGAGCAAAAUUUACAAACUAAGAAAAAAUGAAACAAAAACCACAACAACACAAACUUUCGGAAGUACAAAAUUUCAGGGUUCAAAUUAAAUCAAGCAUUAAAAUUUAAAUGACAAAGCUAAACAAUGGAAACAAAAUGGAAGUCAAAACGAGGGAAACAAAAUAAUGAAGCAAAAAAAAACGAAUGUGAGAAUGAGGUGAGAUGAAAUAAACUGAAAAUACUGAAUGAGAAAGUAAACCGGCGAUGUAGCACUACUAGUGAGGAAAUAAAAUAAAACAACACCCUAUACGGAAUGUUUGGGAAGCCAAUCCCUCCUCCUGAAUGAUGGAACUUUAGAGAAGCAGAAAGGCGUAAAGCGUAGGGCGGAAGGGAAAAACACAUACGUAACAUUAAGCAUAGAUCUUUAAAAUAUUCGUAGAUUGAUCACGUAUUUAGUUUGAAAUCGAGCUGGUCCAUCCGGAGAUUAUGCUACGAAGCAGUGAUCCACGGAUGGUGCCAGCAGAUCAGAAAAAUACAAUUUUCGGCAACUAUCCAUCUUACUCAUUAACAAGAUAAAAACACGCAUACGAAUUGGAGUUCAUUCAACCUGUUUUAGAGAUAACGCUCGUAUUUUUUCACCAAUAAGAAUGUGAUAGACAUUUUGUUUUAGUUUUUUUGUUACACAUGUUAUCGUUUUAACGAAUUAAUUUCAACAAAAGCAUCAAAAUCAAGGAGACGCUCAAACUUAACGGGAAAAGCUGAAUUCAAUUCGAGGAAGUCUGCCCUUUCGUCGGUCAAAUCCAAACCUAUACAAAAACUUAUACAAAUACAAGUAUACUCUUAAUAUUCCUCUGUAUACGAAUUACCAACAAAAACAGUGUUCCCAUCAAUUCUCGGGACAAUUGUUUGGAACUCUUCGGGCCUUACCAGAAUAGAAAGGAUAUAAAGAACGAACGAGAUACGAGGUAUGGCCGAUUGAGAGGCAGCGCUAAGCCGAAUGUAAGAUUUCAGAGUUUUUCCGUUGACUUUUAGCUUCCUAAACGAUGAAUAAGGUUUUUGAUUUUAAAUCAAUCUGAAUUCUCAGAUAAGAAGUAUGAAAACUUUUACAAUUUGUCAACUUUAUUGUUUAGAUCCUUAACAGUGUUUUUCAUUCUUUUUUUCGUUCGUCUAUUAGCAUAUGAACUCAUUCAAUGAAAAUGUACAUUACUUUCAGUACUUUGUUCAACCACUUUUUUGUUUCAAGAAAUAAUAUUUAUAACAUCUGUGAUUUAUAAAUACAAUGUAACUUAAUAGUCAUAGAAAAUGAGAAAAUAAACACAAUACCAAACAGCUUUUCGAAGAGAAAGGGAAAAGUUCGUUGGAAGUAACAUUUUACACACUGACACAAACGAACUCAGUUAAUCAAUUUAUCGAUCCAUUCAGGAGCAAAAAAAAUACAUGCAAAAUGCAGAAAACAAAAUACGAUUCGCUUGAAAUUAAUUUUCGGUAUACCUACGUCAUUGAUACACUUUCUUCGAUAGGGAAGAUCGACACGAAUUCCCGGAGAAAUCAACCUUGUACACGCACUUUUAUGAUGGACAACUACUCGUUGUCUCCAUUUUCGUUUUCCUUGAUAUUAUAAAUUCAUAUAUUUAUUAUCGGUAGGAGUGAAGCAAAACCAAGUCACGUCACUUUCACCCAUCACGGAGCAAACGAUUUAAAAAAAUCUUGAAUCCAAACAUA